AUGAUUCCUCGCGUCAAUAUGCUCACACGUCUACUGAAGACUCCAACCAUACAGGAACGCGCUCAGACAAGCAUCACAGCUACUAUCACUUCCGCUACGGUCCAGAAGUUUAAGCAUACUGUAGAAGAGAACGAGAAACUCCGUGGUGAGAAUAAGGGUCUCUGUACCGACAUCGAAGACCUUCGCGGCGAGAACAAGGAUCUUUGUGUCGAGAACGAAAAUCUGCGCGUCAGAAACUACGAACUCAGCAGAGAGCUGGAAGACGCAUACAGAAAGCUCUGGGACCGCAAGAUCAACCACAAGUGA